AUGUCAGACUAUAACAAUUGCCUUCAAAAACAUAUUGACAAUCUUAAAUCAUGCUCGGAAAAAUCGAAAUCAAAAGUGAACGCUCAAUCAACACUUUCAUCAUAUAAUACAACUAAAGCAGCUCAAUUAAAAACUAUUUGUGCACCUUCAUUAGAAGCUGAAUACUUACAAGCUCGUCAUGAUGCAAUUCAAGAAGUUAUCGACAAAUGCCGUACUGAAUUAAGCAGAAUCUAUUCAAAUGAGUGUUCAGGCUCGAGCCGAAAACAUCAUCAAACAGAUUACAUAAUCGACUCUUUCGAAGCUGCACGUUCAGCUUUAUUGAAAUUAUCGUAUAAACUCAAGAAAUUGAAAGAAAAAAAAAACAAGGAAGAAGCUGCGCUGCUAGAGGCGAGAAUUCUAUAUGAAAAUCUUAGCUACACGUAUGGAGUAAAGGAAAGCAAGACUGAAAAAGCAAACGAUAGUAGAAAAAAUCAUGAGCAAAAAUUAGAGGAAAUCAAAAACGACAUCGCACGAACUGAAGAUGAAUAUGUACAAGAAAAGAAAACUUACCGUGUUGAAGCAAGACAAAUUUAUGAAAAAUGUCGAGUAUUGGAAAAAGAACGAUUAGAAUUAAUUGGAGACACCUUAAUGAAAUUCAUCGAAACAGCUUAUUCAUCUGAAAAUUCAACACAGCACCGUGCGAUCUACAAAGACCUUACAUCCUAUCUCAAAGUUGAACGAGACGCUUCAGAAGAUCUCGACUUUUGGGCACAAACUUAUGGUGUUUAUGAUUCAACAACAUCGCUAUCAACGGAAACCAAUCAAAAUAAUGGUGCUCAAAAUGAAAAUGUCUUCUUUCGAAGAACGAAGAAAUCUAAUAAAGCUGAAACUGAAGAUACCGCAACAACAACAAAAGAUGACAACACUCAACAGCCAGUUACUGACGACGACGAACAAUCAUCAUCAGCAGAUACUACUACAAGUAGAACAAAAGCUAAAUCAAAGAAAAAUCAAAAGUAA